AUGACAAGCACCUGCCCUGGCCCUGGAAGCGCCGAUGAACCUUACGCGGCGACCAACUUCCUUCUUCAAUUCCAUUUCUCUUCCUGUUUCUGUCCUUACUUCUCGUUUCGUUCAGGAAUUGCAUUUGUUGUCCGUCGACUGUUCUUACUUCCCCCUCACCACCGAAUUUUCUCCUUAGGCCACUUGCCUCGGAGGCUCGUCGACAACUCUGCUCUCGUUAUCUAA